ACAACGGCCCCGCAUUCACUCGGUCCCUUGUGAUUAAAUUGCGAAGAAAGAAAGAAGCGCGCAAUCACAUGGAUCAGCGCGGGCACUGAAGUCAAUGGCUUAUUCGUAAUUGACAAGAACCCCAAGGGUAUUAAUGCGAUUCCACAUCAUUAAUCCAAUACGUUAAUAGUUUUCUAUUCCUCUUUUUGCUUAAUCGAAGGUCGGGGACAGUCUUGCACAGAGAAACAAUAUUAAAGAGGAGGGAGAGAGAGAGAGAGAGACAGAGAAGAGGAAGGAGAAAGUUCACGCUGCUAUGUUAAUGGCGGUUAGGGUUUCCUGCUGAUCCCGCGAAUUUCAAUUCCUUUGCUGUAAUCGCUUUCCCUGUCAUUCUCCUUCUCCUCAAAACCCUAAUUCGACGCCCCCAAGAUUGAGUAUGCUCGUUGUUGCUUGAAUUACAAGGAGUAGUGAUGGGAGCGCCAGAGAAAUCACAGCCAAACGCUAAUUCGAUGCAGCGUGUCAAGGUAUAUCGUCUGAAUGAUGGUGGGAAAUGGGAUGACCAGGGCACUGGACAUGUCGCCAUUGAUUAUCUGGAGCGAUCAGAAGAGCUGGGCUUAUUUGUUUAUGAUGAAGAAGACAAUGAGACCAUACUUUUGCAUUGCAUCAAUUCUGCUGAUAUUUAUAGGAAACAAGAAGGUAAUACAAUUAUCUCAUGGAGAGAUCCAGAAUAUGCUACAGAACUGGCACUUAGCUUCCAAGAGCCAACUGGCUGCUCUUACAUAUGGGACCAUAUUUGCAAUGUGCAGAGGAAUAUGCAUUUUAAUACUUUAAAUACUGAGCCAUUCCACAGCGUUAAUGGCGAUUUAAGGGAGUUGCCUGCUGUUGAGCUAUCAACACUUCCUUUGAUUCUAAAGACUGUGGUUGAUAGUGGCAUUACAGAUCAGUUGCGGCUUACAGAACUACUAUUAAGUGAUCAAGAGUUUUUUCUAAAGCUGAUGGAAGUAUUCAGAGUGUGUGAAGACUUGGAAAAUAUGGAUGGCCUUCACAUGAUUUUCAAAAUAGUCAAAGGGAUCAUUUUGUUGAAUAGCCCACCAAUUUUUGAGAGAAUUUUUAGUGAUGACUAUAUAGUGGACAUUAUUGGUUCCCUUGAGUAUGAUCCAGAGGUUCCUUGUGUUCAACAUCAUCGUAAAUUUUUAAAGGAGCAUGUUGUUUUUAAGGAGGCUAUACCUAUAAAAGAUCCUGCUGUGUUGUCAAAGAUACAUCAGACAUAUAGAGUUGGUUUUUUGAAGGAUGUUGUUUUGGCUAGAAUCUUGGAUGAGGCUACUAGUGCAAAUCUUAACUCCAUAAUACAUUCAAACAAUGCCUUUGUUGUCUCUUUGUUGAAGGAUGACAGUACAUUUAUCCAGGAGUUGUUUGCUAGGCUAAAAUCAACCACCACUUCUCAAGAAUCAAAGAAAAACUUGGUCUAUUUCUUGCAUGAGUUUUGUAGUUUGAGCAAGAGCUUACAAAUGGUCCAGCAGCUUCGGCUUUUUAGAGAUCUGAUGAAUGAAGGCAUCUUUGAUGUUGUCACCAAUGUUCUGCAAAGUCAAGACAAGAAGCUUGUGCUGACUGGAACAGAUAUCCUCAUUCUUUUCUUGAAUCAGGAUCCUAAUCUUCUGCGAUCCUAUGUUGUUCGGCAGGAAGGAAUUGCUCUUUUAGGACUUUUGGUUAAAGGAAUGCUAACAGAUUUUGAAGAGAACAUGCACUGCCAGUUUCUUGAAAUUCUUCGCAGCUUAUUGGACUCAUGCACAUUAUCUGGACCGCAGAGGGACACUAUUAUUGACAUUUUCUUUGAGAAGCAUUUGGGUCAACUGAUCGAAGUUAUAACAGAAUCUUGUCCUUCAGAAAAUAGUGCUGAUGCAAUUGGAAAGUCAAUAGGUCCUGGACUUCAAGUUCAGUGUCAAAGUCGAACAAAGCCAGAGAUACUAUCAAACAUAUGUGAAUUACUAUGCUUUUGUGUCCUACAUCACCCAUACAGAAUAAAGUGCAACUUUCUUCUUAAUAAUGUGAUUGAAAAAAUUUUGCUACUAACACGGAGAGCAGAAAGAUACUUAGUUGUUGGUGCUGUCCGAUUCAUUCGAACUAUUCUCUCCCGCCAUGAUGAGCAUCUGAUAAAUUAUUUUGUUAGGAAUAACGUUCUUAAACCAAUUAUCAAUGCCUUUGUUGCUAAUGGCAAUCGCUACAAUCUAUUCCAUUCUGCUGUUUUGGAACUUUUUGAGUUUAUUCGAAAGGAGAAUCUGAAAUUGUUGCUGAAAUACAUAGUCGAUUCCUUUUGGGACCAGUUGACGAAGUUUGAGCAUUUGGUUUCAAUUCACUCGCUGAAAGUAAAAUAUGAGCAGUGUUUGGAUAAUGGUGGGACAAAAGAUGCUGCUACUGUAGUGGACCUUCGAAGACGAAAUGAUGAGCGUGCUCUGGAGAAAGAAGAAGAACGCUACUUUAGUGAGGAUGGUGAUGAGGAGGAUAUUGCUUCUGCAUCUGUUCCAUGCAAUCAGAAAGGACACCAACAACCUAAUCUAUCCAAUGGAGUUGCUGCAAGCUAUUCACAGUUAAGUCCAAGGUCACUGGUGGACUAUGAUGAUGAUGAGGAUGAUGAUGAUUACAAACCACCACCAAGGAAGCAGCCAGAAGCUUCUGAGGAAGAUGAGGGGAUAAUGGAAUCUCUUAGGCUGAAGAGGAAAUUGCCUUCAAAGGAUAAGGAGCCUGAACAUUUGAAGAAACAAAAGUUAUCGAAGAAUUCAAAAUCUAAAGAAAGUGUUUUUGCUGCCUUGUGUUCAACAUUGAGCCAAGCAGUGCUACCUAGUAAGAAAACAGCAAUCAACAUUAAUACAAGUGCUCGGACGGUUGAGGGGCGGAUGGGCUCAAGCGAAGACAAUCAGGAAGAUGGACCAGAUCUUUCUAGAAGCAGCUCCAAUAAUAGCAACGUUGCAGUUGAAGAUAACCAUGUAGAGAAAGAUGCUGCAGCCCCUAGAAACUUUUCUGAUCGCUUGCAUGCAAAAUCAGACAACAAUCACAACAUGCAAUUGGGUGGAGAGGAACGUCCGUUAGUUACCCCGAAAUCAUCGCCAGAGAUGGCUGUAAAUGGAUCGUAAGCUUUCAGAAUCAUAUGCAGGAAGGCAGAUUGUUUGUUAUAUUUGACGUAUAGAUUUUGAUGGUGGCUAAGUGGCUGGCUGACUACAUGAGCGACAUAGCUUUGAGACAAAGGAAUUUUACCUACAAAAGGGUAAAUUCUGGUUAUGCGUUGCAUCGAGGACGUGGACAUGGAGAUACUGUACAGUGCCACUAAGAGGCGGGAAGAUAUUAAUAUAGCGAUGGGUGGGUCUGCUCCUAUUCUUCAGUCUGUUAUUUUGGGCUUUGAGCUUAGUAGUUGUUGCUUUUGUAUGACAUUCCUGAGCAAUAAUUUUCUGUAUUUUCCCCAUCUCCAAAUUUUACCUCUUCCAGCUCGUUAACUUUCGUAGUUUCUGCCAGAGAAUCCAGGGUGCAGUUGAGGGGUGAUCGUGUUAUCAUUAUUCCCCUUAAGUAUUUGAAGAACUUGAUAGAGGGCGCCAAUAUCUUGCCCUGCACAGGCUUUCGUUGUGUUUUUUUUCUUUCCCUCCUUUUUUCAGUGGUGGAUGCGUUAGUAGGAAUACGUGCAGUGAGUUUCGAAGGCCAUUUUUUCACAAAUGUAGGGAAUCAUCAUCUGUUGUAAAUCUCUAUUAACUGUUGCGUAUGCAAUGGACUCUUCAUGCAGUUCUUCCACAUCGCCAUCGGAGCUGGAUUUACACUACUACUACUACUAUUAUUAUUAUUAUUAUUAUAAUAAUAAUAAUUAUUAUUAUUGCCUGUGACACAUCGUUUAACUUUACAGUAGAUACGGCAAAUGUGGUUUUGUAUUUCUCAUUUAUUACAAGUUACAAUAAAUUUAAUUAUUUUUUUGCUAUAAUAUUUUAG